AGAAAGCUGGCACUAUUAACUGCUUUGUCAGAAGUAACAGGAGGUCUGCUAUGCUUGGCGCAUACCAUCACAUGGGCAAUGCUAUCUUUAGCAAAAGACAUGUUAGCUCCUUCACAGCACAGAUUCAUACAGAAACCCAUCAGGAGGAGAAAGACACAGCGGCCUUGGGAUACCUAUGCUUUUUAUCGGAUGUUAUAAUGGCCACGCUUCGUGUUAUCGUAGAUGGGACGGUUUUUACCGCAGACAAGGAAUUGUUGAUAAGGCACAGUGAAUAUUUUCGUGCUCUCUUCCAGUCUGGAAUGCGGGAGAGUUCCCAAGAUGAAAUCCAAUUAUGCAAUUUAGGUGCAAUGGGCUUCUUGAUAACAUUAAGGAUAUUGGAAGGUGAGAGGCCUCUCUUGAGUUGUGACGAGAUCUUGGAAGCUGUGGAGUGUGCAGCCUUCUUACAGGUUGAACUUCUUAUGAAGCAUUUGGUCAAUCUGAUUGACUCUGACAAUUGUCUGGUAAUGUUUGAAGCAGCUGCCACCUAUGGACUGCUCGACCUGUUCCAUGAAGCUGCCUUGUACAUCAGAGAUAUUUAUGAGCUUUUGGAAAAAGAGAUACAGUGCUUGCCCAAAGACCUCAUUCAAUACAUUGAUUCUCUUAUGCCCAGCACCUUUGUUGCAGUGGGUGCUCACACUCCUACCAUAGAGUUCCUUGAAGAUUCAUCAAGAACAAUGUGCUUCUUAAAUGAGAAAGAUAAUCAAUGGGUGAGUCUUGGGUGUAUCCCAGAAAAUGCCAGCACAUUUCUGGCUGGUGUUACCACUCUAAACAAUAAAGUUUUCAUUGUAGGUGGAGCUCGAGGAGCAAACAAGCAAGUAGUGGACAAAAGCUUCUGUUACGAUCCAGACAACCACACCUGGAGUGAGUUUGCCUGCCCACAACAGCUCCGCUAUGAAUUGACACUAGUAGGACAUGAAGGAUAUUUAUACGCCUUUGGGGGGGAGUAUGAGAGGGUUCCUGUGGCUUAUGUGGAGAAAUAUUCUUUAUCCUCCCAGAUUUGGUCCUUUGGGAAGGAGUUACCACAACCUAUGGCAGGCCCUCCUGCUACAAAGGCCAUGGGAAGAAUUUUCGUCUCCCUCUGGAAGCCACAAGAUACAACUAUAAUUUAUGAAUAUGAUACUGACAAAGAAGAGCUAAUUCCUAUCUCGUCAAUAAGGCGACCCCAGAGCUAUGGUCACUGCAUGGUGGGACACAGAGAUAACCUGUACAUCAUGAGAAAUGGCCCAUCUGAUGACUUUUUGCGUUGCACAAUUGAGAACUUUAACCUCAGCACUCAGCAGUGGACAACCCUCUCUGGACAAUAUGUCAACAGCAAGGGAGCCCUUUUCACUGCUGUUAUCCGAGGAGACACCGUCUUUACUCUCAACAGGGUGACGACCUUGCUCUACAAGAUCGAUACUUGCACCUGGAAGCCCAUGAAAGAGAAGUGUGGAUUCAAUAAAGGAGGGUCUAUGCAUACAUUCUUCCUGAGAAUUCCUACCAAGACAAAGCUAAUGGCCUGCAAAUUGUACAAGAAUCCUUACCAGAGCUAUUUAUAAUUGUUUCUAGGGGUCUUAUUUUAUACGUUAUCACAUUCUUAAAUACAAUGUUUCUUAAUUUUGGCA